CAGCAGAGCAGUCGAAGUGCGCGUAAUAUUUCCGGGAGGAGCAGAGCAGCAGCCAGCGAGCGAUCGAGUUUCAUACUGAGCGAAGUUUGACGGCGACGGUAAAAAGUUUCAAGUUUUCGACAGCGUAAUAGCAAAGUAAUAAUCGCGAACGCGUUCCAUUUAAUCGGAUCUACGAAGUGCGCGAAUUAUAUUUUGGGGAUUCUGUCGCCCCCGGUGCGGGUUGUGAUUUAAAGCAGGCAAGCCAAUGGAGCUGACGCUUGGAGAACAACGAUCCCUCGGUUGUGGCAGCAACAGCAGCAGCAGCACCAACAACAACAGCAUCGAAGUCGGCUACGCCAAGAUGGACUCCACCACCAAAGCCGCAGCAGAAGUAGGCGAGCAGCGCUGCUGCUAGCUGGCUGAAUCAAGCGAGAGAACCGCGCACAGAAAGGCAGUCUUUCUCCAAAGGGGAAAAAAAAGUUUAAAGCGAAAAUCUUUGUCCGUGGAAAAUUUAGUGCAUAGUGGGAUCAGUUCGGAGCGAAAUAGUGAAAUAGUCUACAAAUAAACUAACACGAUAACACCCGGCCAGGUGGGACAGCCUCAGGCAAACUGCCACCAUUAGUAGCGUCCGGCCGGCCAUCCGCAGCAGUCGCGGCCGCCGCGUACAGGACGGCUGUCUCGGCGGCAAUCCCAUCAGCCCGCGCGAUAGCAUCAUCCCGGAGGGUCAGUGCCGUCGUUGGUGGCGGUGGCGCUGCAAGUGGUAGGGCAGGCGGAAGCGCCGGAGCUGGGGUUCGAGGCGGACCCCUCGUGAGGAGCAGUGCCAUCGCCAGCGCUAGGAAACGUCGGGUGCUGUUGCGUGCCAAGGUGGCAGCACAGCAGCUCCGAUCUACGCGCACUGGCCCGGACACGCGAGCGGCUAUUCUCAGCAGUAGACGACGGCGGCGGAGACGGCGACAGCAGCUGCAGCAGCGGCGCGUUACAGACUCGGGCAACCGGAGCAGCAACAGCGGGAGCAACGUCGCAAGCAGCGCCAGUAGCAGCAACAGCAGUCAAAAUUCCACUCCAGUUAGCGUAGCUCCCGUAUCGAAAAUGGUGGUGGCCUCGACCAGCCAUGGGAGCAGUACAUCGAGUUCGACCCUGUCGGGUCAUUCCCGCACUUCGCAGCAGAAGCUGCACCAGGUGGGAGCAAUUGGCACCGGAAUGACACCAAAGGAGUUGUCGGACAACGACGAUCUGGCCACCGGCCUGGUGCUGGACCCGAUCCUCGGCUUUCAGACGCACAAGAUGAACCUCAAGUAUCGACCGCUGCGGGUAAACACCGAUCCCGUUAAGGACAUUCUGGAGGACUUUAUCCGAUCGCAAAACUAUUCCCGCUGUUACCAGCAGCUGAUGAAGGGCAAUUGGAUCCCGCGGACGGUACUCAACAAGAGCAAGGUCGCGCAGAAGCGAUUGGAAGCGCAUAUUUAUCGUUACCUUCGGGUGUUCGACCGGAAUGCGGGAUUCGUGAUCGAGGCAUGCUAUCGCUACUCGCUGGAAGGCCAAAAGGGAGCCAAGAUUUGCUCCACCCGCAAGUGGCUCAAGAAUGAGAAGAUCGAGUGCCUGGUGGGGUGCAUUGCGGAGCUGACGGAAAAGGAAGAGGACGCGCUGUUGCAGCCGGGCAAGAACGACUUCUCGGUGAUGUACAGCUGCCGGAAGAACUGCGCCCAGCUGUGGUUGGGACCGGCCGCCUACAUCAAUCACGAUUGCCGAGCGAACUGUAAGUUCGUUGCAACGGGGAGGGACACGGCAUGCGUCAAAGUACUGCGCGACAUCGAGAUCGGCGAAGAGAUCACCUGCUUUUAUGGUGAGGAUUUCUUCGGGGAUAACAACCGAUAUUGUGAGUGCGAAACAUGCGAACGACGGGGGACCGGAGCGUUUGCCAAAGAUAAGAACGGCGAAGAGCAGAGUCCCAACGGAGUGCGAUACCGACUGAGAGAAACCGACAAUCGACUGAAUCGAUUGAAAAGCAAAAACAACGCACUGGAUCUGUGCAAAAGCAGUAUCGGAAAAAGCGAACCUCCGUCCGCGUUGGCAGCCCUAAGCAUGAAGGAGCUACGCGAGAAGGGAAUGACCAAAUACGAUGCCGAAAUGCUGUUAGCCCAGCAGAAGCCCGCUUCGUUUGAAGCUGUACGAGUGGUUCAUCCGGAGCCGGAAACGGAUCUGAGCAGUAGCACAACUCCGGCCGAAUCGUCCGAUGAGAAGAAAGUCAAAGCCAAACAAACUCCGGACGUUUCAGAGAAGAUGGCAACUCGCUCUUCCCGUCGAUUUCAAACCCCAGUCGAAGAAAAGAGGUCACAGCCUGUCGCCGUAGCCAGUCAACCGGAGGCAACCACAACCGAGGAAGCUUCUACGCCCAUUCCACUGAAGGCCACUCGGAGCACCCGACCGCUGCGGGAAAACGGCCGGCGGAGGUACAGCAGCAAUAGCAGCAUCAACACGGACAUAUCCAGUGUUCUGUCGUCGAACUCGUCGUUCGUGACGGCUAAGACUUCGGUCCCAACGGCAGCCGAGCGCAAGAUGAUGCCUCGGUCGCUGAAGAUCCCUACCGCGUCCCACGAGGACGUCAUCAUAAUCGACGAUGACCACAACAGCAACCACUCUUUCGCAUCCAAGAGCAGCUGCAGCACCAUCUCGGCCCUAUCGUCCAAGGAACAUCUUCUACCGCCAAAGAACAACCACAGCACUAGCAACGAUAAAAACGUUUUUGUGUUCAAUGAUCUCCUUGAAAGUAAUAAUGUAAAUGGUUACACCCUAAGAAAUCACCACAAUCAUCAUCAGCAGCAACAUCCGCCGGAUGAACAACGACAGGAUCCGGGUUCCUCGCACGCGCCAUUGACGGAGGAGCCCGUGGAAAGACCACCCUUAGCCAAGCGACGUUCCAUUGCCGCAUCGAGACGUUCCACCAAUGAAUACAUCAGCCCUCGCGUGACCCGGCGGAAGCAGCGUCUGCUGGGGAUGCAACUCGUGUCCGUCACCGACGUCGCAUCGAAGCCUACGGCACCAUCAACCGCAACACUGCCAACAGAAUUAGAGAAAUCACAAACCCCAACGAAAACGCCAACGGCGGAGAGGGCAGAGCCUACUGCCACGGAUCUCACUUCGACCAGUGGCGGUGGUGACGGAUGCGGGACCGGAACCAGCGGCGGAAGCGGCACCAGCGACAGCUCCAACAGGGGCAACCGACGGAAGCAGAAACUGCAGACUCGGAUUGUGCCGCCGGACGAGCUGGUGGCUCUGCAGCGGCAAGCGGCCGAACUGGAGCGAAUCGCCCGGACGUCGCUGGGGCGGGUCCCGCGGCGGCUCGUUCUCGACGACGACGGCGGCGCGAACGGUGGCGAGGAUGAGGACGAUGUGAUUCUGUCGAAAGUAACCAAUUGUGAUGAUACUAAUGAUAAGUUGUUAAGAAGUAGAAACCGAAAUGAAGAUGUUAUCGUUCUAAGCAGCGGCAGCAGCAGCAGUAGCAGUAGUAGUGAUAGUAAUAGUGGUAAAACUAGUAGUAGGAUCAAUGGUAGUAGCGCUAGUGUUAGUAAUGGCAACAGUGAUCGUGUGGGGACUGAGCCACUGGCUUCUAAAACGGUGAUCGGGUCGCGCAAGCGGAAGGUAUCCAAAAGUGUCAGUGAAUCGGAGAGCAGUUCCAGCUGGGAGAACAAGGUUCCAUCGGAACAACGCGGCGGAGAAUCCUGUCUGAGCCACAUCCCGAACCCGGAAGCGCUGUUGAAAACGCCGGAAAGACGUUUGAAGUUGACGCUUCGCAUGAAACGUAGUCCGGUAAUCGACGAGAUUAUCGAAUCAGGUACUAACUUGAGUGAUGAAACGUGCAGCACCAACACGUACAAGCCUGAGUACGAGAUCUUGCGUGUCGAAGGAAUCGCCGAUGUGAGUGACAAAGACGAAGAGGAAGUUGGUGAGGAAAGGGAUGAGGAGGAUGACGAUGAUGAUGAUGAGCUGGACGACGAGUUGACAUACAGCAGCAGUUGUAGCAGUAGACUGUCGCAAAAGCGCAAGAAACGCCACAAAUCGAAGGAAGCCCGAAGGCACCGCAAGAGGGUUAGGCGAGAACUCCGCCGCCAUAAUCAUCAUCAUCACCACCAUCACCAUCUUCAGCCGCAGCAGCAGCACCACCACCAUCAUCAGCAACAGCAGCCGACAUUUCCGCCCCAGCACCAAUCGGUUAUUCUGCAACCGUCGGCGCUAGGACCGGUUACGGCUGCUGUUACUGCGGCCGCUGCUGCUGCUGCGGCGGCUGCCUCGGCCAACCAAGUCACCCCUUCCAAACGAUCGCCGAUUGCAUUUCCUGCGCCCACUAAAAGGCUGCGACUGAUCUUCGGCAACGAAACUCGUACAAUCGACAUUCCACCGACCGCAAAAAUAUCAGCUUCGUCGUCUCCUUCCACGUCGAGCUCCUCACUGCCAUUGUCGCCGGUGGUCAGUUUAACGCCAAAUAGUCAAGGUUCCACUCCGAGCAGCGCCAGCGCCUCUUCGGGCAUAAUCGUCAACAACACGCCGGGUGUGAUUGUCAGCCCUACACGCUCCCUCGGAACGCAAUUUCCCGCUUUCAAUGGGUACAAUGUGAGCACCUUCACCAGAUCUCCGCAAUCCCUGCCCCAAAACCAACAGCCCCAACAGCAAUCCCAGCUGCUAUUCACCAACGCCCUCAACCCCAUCUCCUUCCUCCAAAACAACCAGCUCACCCAGAAUCAAUUCCAGCACCACUCCCAUCCCCACCACCAUCACCAGAACCUAUUCCAGUUCCAGACACAAUCCACCCCGCUAUCCCUUCUGUCCCAUUCCUCGGACUUGACACAGCAGCAACAACAGCCCGCCCAGCAACACAACGUUAUCCAACACACGGCUCAGUUGCAACAGCAACCCGCACUUCACCUAACCUCAUCAACGCUCCAGAACCAUCAUCGGUUCGGUGAGAUCAGCCUCAACAACCACCACCUCCAUCACCAUCAUCAGCAUCCACACCACCACCAUCCGCUGGCGGCCACGGCUGCUGUCUCCAGCAGUGGCAACACGCCAACCAAAUGCAGCCCGUAUCAGCAGCUGACGGCGCUGACCACGGCGCAACCGGGCGUUGCAACGUUCAACUGACCGCUGGGGAUGGGCGGUGGGCAGCGGUAGGAGGAGACGACGAAGCAGCUGGUGCGAUGGCUUGUGGGCGAUCGGCGCCGCGUUGAACGGGAACGAUAGAGACCGGGGGAACGGGGGGUUGCGCACAGGUCGAAUGGUUUGUGAACAGAACGGGAAGUUUGGUUUGUUUUUGUUCAUUUUGGUAAAAUUGUCAUCCCGGUUUGUAGUUGUUUGCUUCAAAUCUUUGCAAUUUCUCGUUUUAGAGUCAAAAGAAAUAAAAAUCUUCAGCGUUAUGUAGAAAAGAAACAGCUUUCCUAAAUAUUCAACGUGAUUUGAAUCCAAAUAGUUCCUUCUUGCAAAACAUUUCCACGCUCAAAUUAGUUCUUCUAGGAUUUAAAUCCUCAAAUCUCAAGAAUUCCUCUCGGAAUCCUUAAGAGAUUUCAUCAGAAACCCUUUAAAUUACAAAAAUUGCUUCUAGGAAGUACAACUGCGUUGUUUUUAAUAUUCAACUUGAGUAUGAAGUUCUGUCACCAAACCAUUCGAUUCUUCCUUCCACUUCCGAAGUCGAAGGGCGAUGAUUCCCCAUAGCAAAUUUCCAAUCGGACAAUUC